UUAGUCAAAUUAGCGGGAUUGCAUAGAGGGAGUCUCGCAGUCUCCUGUACAGAGCAUAAACUGUAAACAUCCACAUCAAAGACCGAGUGUCUGCUCUCAUGUAUGGACAGGAUUACGUAUUAAAAUCCUUGUAAACUAUAGCGCUGGUCAGUCUGAUCCACCGGAAUGAUUUAGAGAGGCGUGGAUUGGGAACAAGCUGUUCCUUUGGUGGGUGGGUGACUGUCCAAGAAGGUGAGAAAGAGGAACAUCUGAGAACCCCCGAGCUGGAGGUAGAUUAAGCUGGACAUGGCACACCUUCAGAACAUUCGGAACCAGAACUCAUGUUUGAAUCCUGAGGAGUACUUCACUAAGUUGGAACGAAUUGGUAAAGGCUCUUUUGGAGAGGUAUACAAGGGCAUAAACAACCGCACGAAAGAAGUGCUGGCCAUUAAGAUUAUUGACUUGGAGGAGGCAGAGGAUGAGAUUGAAGACAUCCAGCAGGAGAUCACGGUGCUCAGCCAGUGUGACAGCCCUUACGUCACCAAAUACUACGGCUCCUACUUGACGGGCUCUAAAUUAUGGAUAAUCAUGGAAUAUUUGGGAGGUGGAUCGGCUCUAGACCUGCUAAGGCCGGGACCUCUGGAAGAAGCAUAUAUCGCCAUCAUUCUCCGAGAAAUACUGAAAGGACUCGACUACCUCCACUCAGAGAGGAAGAUUCACAGAGAUAUCAAGGCGGCCAAUGUGUUACUGUCUGAACAUGGACAAGUCAAGCUAGCAGACUUUGGAGUGGCCGGCCAGUUAACAGACACACAAAUUAAGAGAAACACUUUUGUAGGAACUCCAUUUUGGAUGGCACCAGAGGUCAUCAAACAGUCUGCGUAUGACUUCAAGGCUGACAUCUGGUCUUUGGGUAUCACAGCCAUCGAGCUGGCUAAAGGAGAGCCACCCAACUCCGAACUUCACCCCAUGAGAGUCUUGUUCCUCAUCCCUAAAAAUAACCCACCCACACUGGAGGGGUCAUACAGCAAAGCCUUUAAGGACUUUGUUGAAGCUUGUCUCAAUAAAGAUCCACGAUUUAGACCGACAGCCAAAGAGCUCCUGAAGCACAAGUUCAUCACCCGCUACAACAAGAAAACCUCGCACCUGGCAGAGCUCAUCGAUCGAUAUCGCCGCUGGAAGUCAGAGGGCCACGGGGACGAGUCCAGCUCGGAUGACUCCGACAUGGAUGGGGAGGGGGAUGACAGAGACCAGUGUCCCGCAUGGACUUUCCCCACUGUACGGCCCACUUCCAUGAACAAGUUACAGAGAGGUUUCAACCAUUUAGACAGUAAGACAUCAGAUGUUGUGAAGAGGCAGCCAAAGUCACCGUCCCUAACAACGUUCAUAUCACCCAUCUUCAGAGAGCUGAAAGAGAAGCGGCGUGUUAGUGGGAGCGCUGUGUGUGCUCUGGAGGAGCUGGAAAACGCAUUCAGCCUCGCAGAGGAGUCCAGCCCUGGAAUCUCAGACCGUUUGCUCAAAAACAUUAUGGAGAGAGUGUGCAGUUUUUCAGGUCAUGCUGAUUCAAUGCUAUAAGAUAUUGUCCUGCCCCGUGACACUUGCAUGCAGAGUGAACUUUGAGACUUCCUGUGUCUCAACCCUGCAGGUUUACACUCAAAAGAAACAGCAUGCCUUCAAAACGAUGAUGUCUGACUGACUGCUGUUCAGCUCCGUCCGAUGGAAAGACCGUCCUGAUCCCUUCAUGAACACCUCCAAUCUUUCCAUGACAGCUUUUAUUAGAUGUUUUUUUACGGUUUACUUUAUAGUUUUGAAAUGUCUAAAUCAAAUGUAAAAUAUGAAAUGGCAAGGCAAGUUUAUGUGUAUUCCAUUAAAUGAAAAAGUACAUUGAGCUGUAAAUAAACUAGUGUAAAAAG